AUGAUCCUUUUCAAUGCCGCCAGGCUGAAUGAGAGGGGAACACAGAAAGUUGAAUCCCUUAAAAGUUUGAUGAAUGAUGUGUGGAAAGAUAGGAGGAAUGAAGAGAAGGGUGCUGUUAGGGUUGGUGGAGUGUUAACUGCAAAGACAAAUAACAAAAAGAAGUGGUCAAUGUUACUAGAAGUUAAGGUCUUGGCAAUUGCUAAGAUUGAUUCUAGAACGGUAGAACUUCAAUGA